UGAUAAUAAUAUUUAAUCGUAAAUCUCAAUCAUGACUGACGCUGAUGAAGUACUCAAGAAAGGGAAAGAGAGAAAAGCAGCCUUAGAGAAAUCUCUUUUCAAACAACAAGCUCUUCCUGCUUGGAGGCCAAAUCCUACAUUCCUCACUACACUUGUGACUUUUAUGAUUUUCGGUAUAAUAUUCUUAGUCUUGGGACUUCUACUUUUCCUUUGGGGAAAUAGAAUCAAAGAAGCAGAAAUAACUUACCAUAUUACAUGCAGGAAACAGAUCGAAGAAGGGGCUGAAAAAUGAGUGCUAGACCUUAACAUCCCUCAUAAGAUGGAGGCCCCAGUCUUUGUUUAUUACCAGAUUGAUAACCUCUUCCAAAACCAUAGGAGAUAUGUUAGAAGUAGGAGUAAUGCACAACUCAGAGGAAAUCAGUUAUCAGUAGAUGAUGUCUCUGGAGACUGUCAUCCUAUAGUGACUAAUAAGCAUCUAGGAAGGACUACAAGUAUUAAUAAUAGACCAUUAGAUCCUGAUGCUGCUGCUCAUCCUUGAGGAUUGAUUGCUCAAAGUUACUUUAACGAUACCUUUGAGCUUCAAAAAGUCUCAGCAGCUACUCCUGUUGAUAUAAACCCUAAAGGAAUAGCAUGGGAUACUGAUGUAUCUGAUCUCUUCGCAAAUAUGCCUGGAGAUUACGAAACUUAUCAAUGGACAGAUGUUACAGAUGAAAGAUUCAUUGUCUGGAUGAGAGUAGCUGGUAUGAAGAACUUCAGAAAACCUUGGGGAAUAAUUCACGAAGAUCUACCAGAAGGAGACUACAAGUUAACCAUUGAAGACAAUUAUCCUGUUUCUUCUUUCCAAGGGCAGAAAAAGUUUUUUAUGUCAACUACAGAUACCUAUGGAGGAAGGAACAGAUUUUUGGCUAUUUCGUACAUUGUAGUCGGUGCUUUGUGAAUCUUCUUUGCUCUUGUGUUCUUAUUUGCAUUUUUGCGACAGAAAAAGAAGAAUCAAUAAAUUAUUCAUUAUGAGUUCAAUUA